AGGCGGUGCCGGCUCCUGCUGCUGCGGGCGUUGUUCCUGCUGUUCCUGCUGCUGCUGUUCCUGCUGCUGCCCGGUCACAUCGCCGCCGCCCGCCGGAGCCCCGCCAUGCACGGCUCGCCCUGCUCGGAGAUGGGAGAUGCGUCCGCGGCUGACAUCGUGGACAUCUAUGAGUCUAUCCGUGAAAGGCAGCGUCAUGACAGCGAAAGGUCUACCUGCAGCACCUUGGAGCAGAAUGACAUUGAAGCCGUUGAAGCGCUUGUUUGUAUGAGCUCCUGGGGUCAAAGAUCACAGAAAGGUGACAUAUUAAAGAUAAGGCCACUUACGCCCUUCUCGGAUUCUGGUGAUUUCACAAUGCACACCGAGGCGACAUCUGAAUUGCCAAAGGACUAUUUAUCUACACUGUGCAUGACCCCUCCACACAGCCCUGACUUUGUUGAGAUAUCAGCUGCUACACUCCUCUCCUCACAAGUCACUUACUCCAAACCAAGGACUGUCAUGGCAAAUACAGCUGCCUGCUCAGUAACAUCAGUGACCAGUGCCUCUCCCAUAACCAAGCCAUCUGUCACCAGCAUGUUGCCAUGCAGCCAGAAGCCAGUGAUAGCUGAAUCCUUUGCCCCUCAGCCCUGCAGGGCCAUGGCAACAAGUGUCAUACGUCACACAGGAGAUAGCUCUGCUUACCGUCACAUUCCUGCUGUGCAAGAAAAAACAAAGGUAACUUCAGGCUACAGUACUUCCAGAGACUGGCAUGGAGUGGAUGACCGAAAACAUUCCAGACUGCCACAGGACCCAUGUGCUGCCGAUGAUUUAGUUAACAAUACCUCUCCGGUACAUCAGCCUUGUGCACAGGACUCCAGUGAUAUUGUGACCAAUAAAGGACAACUACCAGUCCAGCCUCUUUCGCCACAGACCCACUUGCCAAAGAAUUGUGAGAAUGACUUGCAAAAAAGGGCUACCCCAGUGACACCUGCCCCUGUUUCAAGCCCCCAGGUUCUCUGUCAAAUGAUCCCUUUAAAUGGACAAAGCAGUAUGAUCAAUGCCUAUGUCAAACCUUCAACUCCAACAGUCUCAACUCCCAUGAAACCUAUUUUACCGCAGACAGCCCCACUCUCUCAGCCUGUACUCAUGGGACCUUCUGUGCCUCAGGGGACCGUCAUGUUGGUUCUCCCACAGACUGCUGUCACACCGACACCGCAGUGCCCACAAACAGUAAUGACUGUUGGGAACACAAAGUUACUGCCCCUUGCACCUGCUCCCGUAUUCAUUGCUUCUGGUCAAAGCUGCACCCCCCAGGUGGACUUUUCUAGGCGGAGGAAUUAUGUUUGCAACUUCCCUGGGUGCAAGAAAACCUACUUCAAAAGUUCCCAUCUCAAAGCCCAUCUUCGCACCCACACUGGAGAAAAGCCUUUCAACUGCAGCUGGGAAGGCUGUGACAAGAAGUUUGCCCGCUCAGAUGAACUGUCACGCCACCGCAGAACUCACACAGGAGAGAAGAAAUUUGCUUGUCCCGUGUGCGAGCGUCGCUUCAUGCGCAGCGAUCACUUGACAAAGCAUACCCGCCGCCAUGUGACCACAAAGAAGAUCCCCAGCUGGCAGACAGAGGUUGGCAAACUCAGCAGGAUUGCCACAGCAGAGAAACCAAAAAGCAGCAGUGCUCUGAGUAUGCUCAUCCCUGUGCCAUCAUCUGUCUGUCAGGGCUAGUGUGAAGGGAGCCCCUUUUCUACAAACUGUCUGAAGAUCAGGAAGAGCUCUGAUGGAUUGAGCAGAACUGACAAUAGCUUUUUUCCGCUGUGUGUGUGCAUACUUUAGUUUUCUUCAGUUUAGGUCCUCUGUUAAUAAUGCUAUGUGAGAAAUCUAUCAUAUAUUUUCUUGUUCCUUCCCUAUUUGGGUUUUUUUGUGUUUGUUUGUUGGGUUUUUUUUUUCCAAUACUUGGGCAAAUGCAAUCACCAGCACUUCAGGAAAGCAGAACUCUUUGGAAAUGAUUUUGGCAAUAGGUUAAAGAAGUCCCUUGUAAUGCUUGCUGUUAAUAUUUUGAUGGACAGUAAAACAGGGUGAUUUUUAAUUUUUAUACUAGUAUUUUCUAUACCAAAUAUAUUUUGUAUUUAUUCAUUUUGGUCCUGAUAUACAGGCAAAUUUCUUGACCUGCAUUAGUAAGGGUGUGCAGGGUGAGACCCAGAGUUUUGGAAACUCCUUUUCAGUAAACCAAAAGAAUUGCAUUCAGAACAUUUUGUAAACAGAAUAUUUGAUAACUCACAGUGGCUGGGAUAUUCACACUUGCAGAUCCUUAUCCUGUGAUGGGCUGGUGCUGUUACACCCUCCUGUCACAGGUGAUAUUGGAGGUUUGAGAUUGAAGUGUGUCAUCAUUUUAAGAUAAGCCAAACUAGAAUGACUUCCAGAGGACAAGUGGUGAAGUCCUCAACAUUUUAUAAAUUCAUACCCUUUGCAAGUGGAUGCUGUUGUGAUGUUUGGUAGAAGCUUGACAUACCGGGCAUUCCUGAGUCCACACUCCAGUGGAGCAAAGUUUGGAGGAACCGUGCUGCUCUGAUGGAGCUAGAAGCACAAACACUGUUUAGAAACUUUGACACUAAGAAUUAUGCUUUACUUUCAGUCCUACUAAACCAGCAUAUCAAAGAGUCUACUGGAAAGUGCAAAAGUGGCAAGAUAACAUGGGGAUAAUUGGCUGGGUCUUUGUUUAUAUAUAUAUUUUUUUUGGCAUACAAGAGAAAUAGAGAAUUAAGAAUUAUGUGUUGUGGAUGCUCGUGCACCUUAUAGGAAAUUGUUCAAGGCUUUCAUUUACUUGUAACAAAGCACCAGAGGAAGUACUAACCAUGUCUUAAGGAACAGCCACCAUGUCAACUUGAUGACACUUUGCAUGUGGCCUUCUACUUCUCCACAGUACUUUGUAUGAAGUUACCCUUUUCUAUUAAAUGAGAUAUUUUCCCUGUUGAAUGCAUUUUCUUUACACCCAGUGUAAAUAUGGCUAAGAAGUGGAAUUGCUGGCUGCAGGAAUGCUGUGUUUUAGUGGCAUGAUAUGAGUAAUAAAACAAAAUGCCCGUA